AAGUUCUUUGUUUCUUGCUCUAUAGGCACAAAGGUGUGGGGACAGCAUACGCGAGCCAGAGGCAGAAGAAACCCGUCCUCCUGACGGCGAGAGGUUACCAGGCGACGGAGCCAGCUGUUCCGCCCCCGAAGAUCAGCACCGUGUUAGCGACGAUGACUCUUCAAAUUGUUUACACACGUUCGAGGCGGACAAAGACACAGUAUCAUCAGAAAAUAUAUUACGUACGGGACGAUACUACAAGGGAAUAUAUUGGCCCUCACUUGCUAAUAGUUUUAAGGAUGAAGCAGUCGAAAGCUCAUACCAAAGGUACUCGCGGAGACAGCGACAAAAGUCGCUAAUAAUGGUGAACGUAGUUGAUUUAGCACUUAAAAUAUGUUUAGCUAUCAUAUACAUACCGAGUAAUAGAAAUACAGAUACAGAUGGAAUAGUCGACGCGUACAAAAUCGCGUGGACAGUGGCGUUCUGUUGGUUAAACGUAGGUGUCUGCCUGUUGGGAUGGUGGCGUUGCUUCGCCAACAACUACCUACAUUGGGCAGCCGCCUCCACUUGGAUACUGCUCAUUGCCCAAGGACUUGCUGGUGAAGGUAUCGGAUUCCAGUCCCCAGAAAGUCAAGUGUGGUACAUGCUGUUCAUAGUAUUCGUGCCGUACGCCAUGCUACCGCUAUCUCUCGGUUGGUGCAUCGUCAUCGGACUUCUGUCUUCCAUGUCACAUGUACUGGCGACGGCUAUAGAGAUAAAUGAGCUCAUUAAUCUAAACAAAAUUUCGUCACGUUCAUGUGGCAGGCGUCUUCUAGUCAGUAACGCUCUGUUGUACUCGGCUGUAAACUUCGCCGGGAUGUACGCAAAAUAUCUCGCCGAUUGGGGACAGCGUAAGGCGUUCCUGGAAACACACCGCUCUAUGGUCACAAGACAACGGACGAAACGAGAGAGCGAUCGGCAAUGGAAACUAUUUCAGAGUGUUAUCCCGGACUUCCUAGCAAAAGAAAUAUACAAUCAUGCGUCAAAAGUAAAAGGAGAAUUUCAGGAUCAACAAUUCAACAACCUCUACAUACAGAGGCAUCAAAAUGUAUCCAUACUCUACGCGGAUAUAAAAGGAUUCACAGAGCUAUCAAGCAAAUGUAGCGCCCAAGAAUUGGUGAAAUUAUUGAACGAACUGUUUGCACGAUUCGAUCGUUUAGCUUCGGAAAACAAUUGCUUGAGAAUAAAGCUUCUCGGCGAUUGUUACUUCUGUGUUAGCGGUCUACCUGAGUCUCGUGACGACCACGCUCACUGCUGCGUCAACAUGGGCCUGCACAUGAUACGCGCCAUCAGGGACGUACGGUACAACGCACAGGUGGACUUGGACAUGCGCAUCGGUAUACACAGUGGUACAGUGCUGUGCGGCGUGCUGGGACUGCUCAAGUGGCAGUUCGACCUCUGGUCGCAUGACGUCACAGUAGCCAACCACAUGGAGAGCGGAGGACUACCCGGUCGCGUCCACAUAUCGUCGGCGACGCUGGCGUGCUUGAACGGCGCGUUCGAGGUGGAGCCCGGGGAGGGCGGCGCCCGCAGCGCGUACCUCCGCGAGCACAACCUGCACACCUACCUCAUACGCAGCACCGAGCUGCCGCGCACCACCAGGCAUAGGAAACACGGAAGCCAGCAGUCACAGAUACAAAAUUGCGAGAUCAACCGACGCCCGAGUAGCAUCAUAGAAGAUGAAAUGACGACAGACUGGACACCAGAAAUGCCUUUUCAACACUACUUCACUAGCGGCGCGGCGGGCGUAGUCCGCGCCAUGAGACAUACUGACGACCUGAACGAGUGCGACCAGCAGGACGUGCCGCUCUCCGAUGUCGAGGAGGACGACAUAAUAAACCACUCGAUAGAGGUGAGCAGCAACCGUCGCAUGCGUAUCGACAAUAUGGCGGCGUGGUCGCUCCACUUCCGGCGCGGCUCUCUCGAGCAGCAGUUCGCGCAACUCGACGAGAAGACCUUCAAGUCCAACGUCAUGUGCUGCCUCGUACUCUGGCUCUUCAUCAGCUGCGUCCAGAGCAUCAUGCACUUUAACUGCACGCCCCUGAUGAUAAUACUGUCCGUCAUGACGCUGUUACUGUUCAUAUCUUUCGUGGUGGUGAUGGCGGAGGAGUUUCCUUGGUUGUGCCCACGACUCGCUAAAUUCUCAGCGAAACUGAACAGCUCAAGACUUCACAGAGACAUUCACAUAUGCAUGUUCAUAACUGUGAUGUCAAUAUCGAGCACAAUAAAACUAUACGCGUGCGAUUCAUCAUUUCCCAAAUACUUCAUCAACACGCCAUCGUCAUUGACCAACAGUUCAGAAUCCAAUAUGACUGGUUCAAAUAACACUCAAGCAACACAACCAUCGACCGAAGAGUGCUAUAGACCAGAAUACGUGGUUUUUACUUGGAUACUGUGCUUGGUCGCACUCACGUCUAUUCUGAAGCUGUAUUACCUGAUCAAGACCCUCCUGGCUAUUGUUAACGUGGCCAUGUACACUAUCCUGCUGCUCGUCUACUAUGAUGUUUAUUACAUCAAUGGAACCAACAAUACCUCGCUGAAAUUCUACGUGCAAAUGUUGAUCCUGAUGAUAAUGUUCCUGGUGAUGGUGGUGUACCACGCGCGAUUGGUGGAGGUGACAGCGCGGCUCGACUUCCUGUGGCGGCUGCAGGCGGAGACCGACCUCGACGAGAUGGAGGACACGCAGCGCACCAACCGGCAGCUGCUCAAGCACAUCCUGCCGGACCAUGUGGUCAACCACUUCCUGAGCAAGGACAGGUGCCCGGAUUGGCGCGACGAAGUGGGCGUGAUGUUCGCGGGCAUCCCAAACUUCCACGAGUUCUACUCGGAACAGAAAGCUGUAGACUGCAUGCGGCUCCUGAACGAGAUCAUUUUUGACUUCGAUAAGUUGCUGAUGCAGCCCAGAUUCAAGAGCAUAGAGAAGAUCAAGACAAUAGGAGCAACUUACAUGGCCGCUUCGGGUCUCAAUCCUAAUCAUAAAACUGGAGAAGACGAUUGCGAACACUUAUGCGCGUUGGUAGACUAUGCGUUUGCGUUAAAGGAGACACUAGAGGAAAUUAAUAAACACAGCUUUAACAAAUUCCGAUUAAGAGUAGCUGCUGGAGGGGCGCGGCUACGAGCUGGAGGGCCGCGGCGGGGUGGAGGUGAAGGGCAAGGGGCGCAUGCACACGUGGUGGGUGCGCCGCCAGCGCGGCGUCGCGCGCCGCCCCACCGCCGCCUCCGCGCCGCCGCGCUCGCUCGCCGCCAUCGUGUACAACAUGCUGCAGGCGAGGAAGCGGAUAUACACGCACCCGCUAGACAACUCCAACGGGACAGUGCCGCGCGGUGGCAGCGUGCACUACGGCGGGUCGGCGCGCGGCACCACGCGGCACCGCUCCGAGCUGCGGCGCGCGCGCACCAGGCACGGUCAACACAGGUACACUACACUACACUACACUACACUAAACUACACCUAUCGAAGUGUAUUUACGCGCCUAACUUCUGAACAACUGCAUUAAAUUGGAUGAUUCUUUUUUAAUGUGUUCCUCAUUGUCAGGACAAGGUUUGUAUAUAAGAAAAUUCAUAGAAAAGUAAAUAAAAUAAAUCAGAGUUAAUUUUGACAGAUCUUUGACGAAACAAAAACAAUUGACGUUUGCCAAAUUGACAGUAUGGUGAUAUUUUAAAUAGGUAUUGUACUAUCAAUAUUUCCUCGGUCAGGACUGGAGAAAUAAAAUAUGAUGGACCGAAGUUCGCCGGGUCAGCUAGUCUUCUAUAUAUAAAACCAAUUGCUGUUCGUUUGUCUAGCUGAAACUCGAGACCGACUAGACCGAUUAAGCUGAUUUUGAUUUUAAAAUGUUUGUCGUAGUCUAGGGAAAUUGUAUAAUAUUGUAAAUAUACAUAUUUGCCAAUUUUUCCUAUAAAAAGUAUACAUAGGGGAAGUUUGGCACCAUUCGUACACGGGGAACCUUCAUACAGUCACUACUACAUCUUGUAGAAAAGCCUAUUUAUUACGACUUUGUGUUAGUGGAUAGGCGCCGGCGACUGCCAGUUGUCCACGAAGUUAGCCAAACAUGCAGCCACUGCGAGCGAAACUAGAGAACUUAAAGUAUUUUGGCAUGCUCAUAGUAAAUAUUUUGUUAAUUUUUUGGAUCUUCCGUGCUUUAAUCAUACGUUAAAUUUUAUUGGAUUAUUGCUUAAUCGUAAGUGAAUACGAUUAAGAUAAUAAUAUAUAUCCAUAUUGUGUAUUUUUCUACGUGGGUUUUGUGUUAGAAAAAAUAAUUUUAUUAUAUAUCUUCGGGGCACGUUCGUACAUUUCCAGAAAGGGCACAUUCGUACGCGUAUGUGUGUAUGCUAACAAUUUUUAUUAUUAUAUCAGAAAAUUUACGUACGUAAGUACGCGUAUGUGCUAACAAUUUUUAUUAUUAUAUCAGAAAAUUUAGAAAAAAUGAUCGGAAUUUUAAGAAGAAAAAGCAGACACGUUCCCAAUAUUAAUUAAAUGAGUUUUUUUUGCAUCUGUAAAGGUUUUAAAUAGUAAAAACCAAAUUGUUUUACUGAAAAGACUAACCAAUUGAAAAAGUUAAUAAACACAUUUCGGACUCACGAUGUUGGAUGUAACAACACUAUCAAAUGAUUAUGAUAAAGUUAUGAAAUAUAAAUAUUUGCAAAAUUGUUAUGAAACUGGCUUCGCUGAUAUUGAAUGGAUGCACGGUUUUCGUAAAAAAUAUAGUUAGACUCUAAGCCUAUUAGUCGUAUAGUUUAUUACAUCGUUUAUAAGUUUAAGAUCAAUGAAAACGAUUUUUUUAAUUCAUUUGUUGUUUUACUUAAUAUAUAUGAAGUUACCACACUUUCUGAAUGUUCCCCGGCCCAUGUACGAUUGUACCCCUUAAUAGGGAUAGAUUCGGACAUUUCAUUAGCUUUUAGUAAAAUUCAAUCCUUUGAUAUAUUAUACAAGAUAUCAACUUUGAACUUUUUAAAUAAGGAGCAGAAAGUAUGCUUUAUGUUUUAAUAAGUAAUUGAGUAAUUUAUCUUUGAUUAUCAAUAUUUUAAACAUCAUUGACUAAAAAGUGUACGAAUGGUCCCAAUCUUCCCCUAUACGUACAUAACUAAUUACGGAAAAAAUAUAUAUCGGUGUUUUUUUUUUUCUAUUCAGAAAACUGAAUUCACGUUUUGACUGGCAAACCCAAAAUAAUAUGUAGGGUAGUUUUGUUAAUUUUCAAUCACAGUUUGUUUGAACGUUAUUUGUACACACAGCAGCGCACCAGGUUAGUACAAUAUGUCAAAUUUCCGCCACUGAUUUCGAGUAAAUGGUUGUGAAUGGUUCCAAUGCAGAUGUGAUGGCGACGAGUUGGAGUUGGGCGGCAUCCGUCCGCACGCGAGCAGUAUGGUGGUGCGGCGGCCGGAGAUGGCGCCGCCGCUGGUGGGCAGCGCGUCCGCCCCGCACACGCCCACCGCGCCCGCCCAUCUGCAACACGACCACGCCAACAAACACAAACUGGGACUCGGUGCAAGACUAAAAGCGGCCAGUUUCUCAUAUCGUACACGCCCAAGAGACAAAUCGCCUAAAGUUCACGAGCAAUCUAAAGAAGGUUCAGUGAACUCCAUAGCGAACGGCGCGCCAGGAUCGUUCAGAUUCAGGUCGGUCACCACCGCCUCAUUCUUCAGGAGCAGGAACAAAGACAAGAGGAGCAGGGAACAGCUAGAAGAACAGCACAAGGAAAACGGUGACGUCAUGACUACAAAAAUGUAACAGUACUGAUGAAGACUUAUACAAAUGUUAUUGGGUUUCCUUUUUUUUAUUACACUACAUUUUUUUUGAAAAAUCUACUAAGUGCAGCGU